AUGAACAAGAUACCAUCGACUGCAUUGCCGUUUCCUCAGCGGAAGGGGACACUGUUCAACAUUCAGUAUAAGGUAGCCUGCACCAACAGAAGUGUGGAUGAUCGCUACAUUGAAUGGAUGAGGAAGCUUUACAAAUACAUGGAGCCUUAUGUGUCCCAUUCCCCAAGGGCUGCGUACGUGAACUAUCUCGACCUUGAUCUGGGUAGUCCCUUCAACGGGAAUGCUUCAGUUGAAGAGGUGAGAGCUUGGGGUGAGAGGUAUUUUCAUCACAAUUACGAUAGGCUUGUCAAGGCAAAAACUCAGGUGUAUCCCAAAAACUAG